AUGCACGCCCCGUUCACCACACGCUGUCGAACCGCCUUGCUGCGCUGCAAUAUGCCAGGCUCUGUACGCCGACUGACCAAUGAUGCCAGGAAGUCCCCAAGACCUCGAGUCCACGUCUUGGGUCUUGGAAGCAUUGGCACGUUCGCUGCGCACUCACUCUCCGAAAUCCCUCAUCCUCCAUCGGUGACCUUGCUUUGCCACCGACCGUCCCUCCUCGACGCAUAUCGUGAUAAUGGAAGCCAAAUCUCCCUUGAGACGAGGGAAGGCCAGCAGGUAGAUUAUAAGGGUCACGACUUGGAGGUGUUCCGGGAUGGUCAUUGGUACUCAGGGGCAGCUCCAACCGAUACAGGUGCUCCAGAAACCAGCCCGAUCGAGAACCUCAUUGUAGCCGUGAAAGCGACCCAGACAGCUUCUGCACUUGAAAGGUUGAGAAACCGACUGACCCCGCAAUCGACUAUUCUGUUCCUGCAAAACGGAUGCGGGAUGAUCGACAGGGUUAACGCCCAGCUUUUCCCUCAUCCCACCGAGCGCCCAAAAUAUAUCGUCGGUGUUAUUUCUCAGGCGUCACUCUUCGCAAAUCAUUCGACAUCCCAAGAAACUCUACAGCAAAACUAUUUACUCGGCGCUCUUCCCUUAUCUCCCCGUCUCAAUGCCACGGCCUACAGCUACACCGAUGUGUUCCAGAUCCAGCUCGAGAAGCUGGCGGUCAAUGCGUUCUGCAAUCCACUAUGUGCGCUGAAUGAUGCCGAAAAUGGAUUUCUGUUUACUAUACCCGAGAUGCGGCGCGCAAUCUUGGAGGAAAUCUCAACCGUGGCUUGCGCGCUGCCAGAAUUACAACAUGUGGAGAAUCUGAAAGAACGAUUCGCCGUGGACAAACUCGAGACAACCGUAAAUGCGAUCAUCCAAAAGACAUUCCAUACGACGUGUUCGAUGGUGUGGGACUUGCGGGCAGGUCGCGAAACUGAAGUCGAGUUCAUCAACGGUUAUUGGGUGAAGAGGGGGAGAGAGCUCGGUGUGCCCACGCCUAUCAAUGUGGAACUGGUUGAAAAGGUUACGAGACGGAACCAAAGUUAG